UACAAGUUUAAAUCGUCGAUUCCUACGUUUUCAUUUUGCUUUGAAUUCAAUAUCGUGCAAGAUGAACUGAGGGAUGCUGUCCUUCUUGUGUUUGCAAACAAACAAGAUCUUCCAAACGCAAUGAAUGCUGCAGAAAUAACCGACAAGCUUGGCCUUCACUCUCUCCGCCAACGUCAUUGGCAUGAUGGAGCUGCUGGUACAAUUUUGUUGCGCUUGAAAGAGACCAAUAGUGAUUGUGGAGAAGAGAGAAUGAAGAGGAAACAAGUAUUAAUA